CAGUGGCGCUGGAUUAGGGUUUAGGGAUGUUCCACCCAUUCCCCAAGUUAUUCUUUGGGAACUCCAGAUCGAAGAUCAUCAAAGUGCAGCGGAGAUCUACGAUUUAGGGUUUUUAUUUUAGAAUUAAUGGCGCCUCUUCAAUUUGGGGUUUAGGGUUUCGACUUCAAUGGUGCCCACAAAGAGGUACGUACUUAGAAUGUAUUUUUCCCUAAAAUACAUCACUGCAAAUGUGGUGGAUCGAAAUAAUGGUCGAAUUGUAGCGUCUGCUUCCUCGGUUGAGAGGGCUUUGAAGAGUGGUUUUGAGUGUGGUCGCUUCUGCAACUCAAAGGCAGCCGCCAUUGUUGGCGAAGUUUUGGCCAUGAGAGCAAAAGUGGAAGGAAUCCCUGAAAUUUACUCGAAUAUUCAGAAGGAGCUCGAUAAGGGUUUCAAAAAUCAUACAAAGAUCUGGUCUCUUAUCAAUGCUCUCAAGAAUCAUGGGGUAAAGCUCAUCGAUGACAACCGCCUGUGAAUUUGUUGAGUACUUCUCCUCUUUCCUUUUUUCUUUUAUUUUUGUUUUUGUGAUGCGAUUUUUCUAUUCAAUUUGUGAUGCGAUUUUUCUAUUCAAUUAUCUUACUUAUGAGAGGGCUUCAAACAUCCACCAUGCGGUGAUAAAACUUGUUACUGAACAUAUUAUUAGUGGUGGAGUGUUGAUCCAAUUGAAAUCUUCUUCUAUUUUGACAGUAAGUUUAAACAGCUGAAUGUUUGAGUUUAACAAUGAUCCUGAACCGAGCCGUGUUGAAUCAUUAACAGUUGAAAGUCCUUUCCAGUUCA